GUCAAAGGUCACGGUUUCAUAAUUUUUAGAAAAGUUUGGAAGAAAAAGCCAUAAAUAUGACUUGGUGGUUGAAACCAACCUUUGCCACAGUUUUGCCACAUCUAGGUGGCUUCGCUGGUGCUCUAAUAACACAAAAACAAGUACCAGGCUGGUAUAAGACCCUAAAUAGGCCACCAUGGACCCCUCCAAAUUGGGUGUUUGCUCCAGUAUGGACCACUCUGUAUACAGGUAUGGGAUAUGCAUCCUAUUUGGUUUGGAGAGAUGGGGGUGGCUUUGAAGGAGAGGCCUCCACAGCCCUGGCACUCUAUGGGACACAGCUUGCCCUAAACUGGGCCUGGACACCCAUUUUCUUUGGAAUGCAUUGGAUUGGAGUGGGAGCCAUUGAGAUUCUGAUGACCUGGGGUGCAGUGGCUGGAUGUGUAGUGAAGUUCCAUCCCAUUAAUAAGGUAGCUAGCUAUCUAAUGGUCCCAUACCUGGUAUGGCUCACCCUGGCCAGCAGCAUCAACGUAUACACUUGGUGGUUCAACGAGGACAAAGCAAUUGAGGAGAAGAAGGACUAGAAUCUUAGAAAUUUAGACAAUACUUUAUAUUGCUUUAAUUUAGCGCCUGUUUUAAUUUUGUGAUUUACCGAUUCUGUAGAAGAUAAGCAAUUUUAAUCUUCAUCAAUGACGAGUUAGCAAUAAUACUGAUAAUAUCUAUGAGAAUCUUUAAGGGAUUUCCUCAUACAGUAUAUCAGCCUUAUUGUGAUAAUCCUAAAUUAAGAGUGCUCUAUUAAAGCAAUUUACUAAAUGCAUCCACCCACAGAUACAUGUAUAUGAAUGUGUAUACACAACAACAACGUAUCAAGUAUGAAGUAACAAUACAGCAAUUUAGAGGCCAAACUAAAAAGCUUAAAGCAAUAUUUCAAGGUUUAUUUUAUUUGAUAAACUUUUGAUUAACUUAUAAACUUUCUGUACUUCUUUAUACAUUUUUAUGUAUUCUCUGUAUUCAAUAUAAAAGUUUAGGCCAUGCCCUGAUAAUCAGUGGCCGUGCCAAUAAUU